AUGGUCACCCACGUACUAUUCGAGAGCGCCUCCGGCUAUGCCAUUUUUGAAGCCAAGCUGCACGCCAGCAUCGAGUCCCGAACGAAGGACAUCCAGGAGUCCAUUGACGACCUUGCAAAAUUCGGCAAAAUGGUGUCGCUCAUCUCCUUUUCGCCGUUCAAGACGGCGGCGCAUGCGCUGGAGAACGCAAACGAUGUCUCUGAAGGCAUCGUCAACGACCACCUCAAGUCCCUCCUCGAGCUCACUCUCUCCAAGCCCUCCAAAAAGUCCAAGGUCGUGCUGGCCGUCUCCGACCCGGCUCUCGCAGCCUCUAUUAAGACCGAACUCGGCAUCUCCUGCGACGUUUCCGCCAAUGUCGCGCAGGAACUCAUCCGCGGUAUCCGCCUACACGCACCUAAACUGCUCACCGGAAUGGCCGCCGACGACCUCACCAAGGCCCAGCUCGGCCUGGGACACUCCUUCUCGCGCGCCAAACUGAAAUUCAACGUGAACCGGAUCGACAACAUGAUCAUUCAGGCGAUCGCCCUCCUCGACCAGCUCGACAAGGACGUCAACCUGUUCUCGAUGCGCAUCCGGGAGUGGUACGGCUACCACUUCCCGGAACUCGUCCGUAUCGUGCCCGACAACUACCAAUACGCCAAGGUCGCGCGCUUCAUCGGCAACAAGGAGGCGCUGAACGAGGACAAGCUGCCCGAGCUCGCCGAGCUCCUCGACGACGACGCGACACGCGCGCAGAACGUGCUCGACGCCGCGCGGGGCUCCAUGGGCGCGUCCCUGUCCGAGAUCGACAUGCUGAACGUUAUGGCGUUCGCCACCCGCGUCGUAUCCAUCGCCGAAUACCGCAAGUCGCUCGCCGCGUACCUUGCUGAGAAGAUGAACCUCGUCGCGCCUUCGCUCACCGCUCUCCUUGGCGAGCGCAUAGGCGCGCGUCUCAUCAGCCAUGCAGGCAGCUUGACUAACUUGAGCAAGUACCCUGCGAGCACCGUCCAAAUAUUGGGUGCGGAGAAGGCGUUGUUCAGGGCGCUGAAAACGAAGGGGAACACACCUAAGUACGGCUUGCUGUACCACUCAUCGUUCAUCGGUCGCGCCGGCCCGAAGCACAAGGGCCGUAUAUCACGGUUCCUUGCCAACAAGUGCUCUAUCGCCUCGAGGAUAGACUGCUACUCCGGUACGGACUCGCAGCAACCCUCGUGUCGAAUCCUCCCGUUCUCAUAA